AUGCCUCUGAACCGCUUUGGCAGUCCUCCACACCAAACCAAACCACGUGCUGCACCUGCAGAAGCCCCCCUCCUUUCUCCCUGCCACACCGCUCAAGGUCCAAUCACCCAAACCUGUGGCAACCCCUCCAAGGCUCUCUGGCAGUCCCUCAGGCGCACCCACCUGCUGCACCCACGUGGGCUGCCUCUCUUCCGCCCCGACUGGUCCUACCACCCGCCGCCGCCGCUGUCGCCCCAGCAGACGCAUGCGCUGCCACCCGAUUGGGUGGUGGUGCUGGCCAAGCGACCCGCUAAGCGACGAUCCAUUAGUAACUUUGCGGAGGUGGAGGAGGUGGUGGAGAGGGCGUUUCCGAAUGAGAGGAUUGUGAAGUUCAUCAGCUCGCUGUCUGUGCUGAAAGCUCGAGAGUUGUUUCGGCGCAUGCGUCUCUUCGUAGCAGGCCAUGGGGCAGCUCUCGCCAACCUCGUCUCCCCCCUCCCUGUCACCUCCCCUUCCCCUCCCACCCCUUCCUGCCUCUCCCCCGCUGGAGCUUGA